AUGCACACGAUGGCACAACCAGCGGUCAGGCCGUCUUUAACGCGGCCUCGUGCCACGCGCACCGGCAUCCCGGCUUCCCGCAGCGGCGAGCGCAUCUACAACUUCGAUGGCAGCAGCAGCAGUGCCAUCCGCGCCAAGGCCCAGAGGGCGCCCGCGACGACGUCGCUUGCAGGCAAGGUGCGACCUGAUCAGAGGACCGGGCCCGCGAGGGUCGCGCUGUCGGACGUCAGCAACCGUGCCCACGCAGCAAAGACCUCGGAUCCCGCCGACCGCAAUGCGCUCAAAGCCAAGCUCCUGCGACCUGCCGCGACGGCGUCUGGGCCCGGGCUCAAGGGCCGCACCCUCAGCAACAUCGGCAUCCGAAGGGAGACGCAGCCUGCCUCGCACAACAACGGCUCCACCUCGAUCUCGGGCAGCCGAUCCAUACCGGAAGGCGUUGCGGCCAUCGCCAGCGGGCAGCGAGGCCCCGGCUUUGCGUCUGCGGGUUCGACGGCGGCGGACGAGGUGGGCGCUGCCGCGUCCAUGGACGUUGACCUGCCAUCGCACGGCGAGACGGUCCACAUCGACGACGCCGAUUCGGAUCUCGACCGGCUCGCCGAGGACGUCGGCAGCGACUCUGAGGACGAAGAUGCGACGCUUGCCGUCGACGCUGGGCAGGCCCACACCGUUGCUCUCGCCGGCGUGGGCCACAUCCCCGUGGACGAGAUGAGCGAGGUCGAGUCGACCUACAGCAGCGAUGAGGACGACGACGACUCGUCUGGCAGGGACGACCUCCGGCAGGGUGGCCAGCAGUGGCUCGACCCCGGCAGCCUCAGCGCGCCGUCGAGGCCCGAGAGCGUCACGUCGGCCGAGGAGAGCGACAACUUCGAGCUCGACAUUGACCCGGAGUGCAUCGUCUCACUCCACCCGGAGCUCGAGGCGGCGGCGCAGGAGAAGAUCGCGCUCAUCAAGGCCCGCUACACUGAGGCGGUGGUGCGCCCUCGCGCCCUGCGCGCACAGCAGGAGCGCCACGAGGCCGUCGCGCGCGGCGAGAUCCCCGCCGAGCUGGCGGCGCACGAAGACGAGCUCGCCGUCAUGGGCCUCGAACCGGACGAGGUCAGAGACACGACCAUGGUUGCGGAGUACGCGCCAGAGAUCUUUGCCUACAUGAGCCGCUGCGAAAAGCAGACGAUGGCAAACCCCAACUACAUGGAGUUCCAGAACGAGAUCCAGUGGCACAUGCGAGCGACCCUCGUCGACUGGCUGCUGCAGGUGCACAUGCGGUACCACAUGUUGCCCGAGACGCUAUGGAUCGCCAUCAACAUUGUCGAUCGCUUCCUGAGCGUGCGGGUCGUUAGCCUCGCCAAGCUGCAGCUGGUCGGCGUCAGCGCCAUGUUCAUCGCGGCCAAGUACGAGGAGAUUCUGGCGCCUGGCGUCGACGAGUUUGUCUUCAUGACGGAGAACGGCUACUCGCGCGAGGAGAUCCUCAAGGGCGAGCGCAUCAUCCUUGCCACGCUCGACUUCAAUGUGUCGUCGUACUGCUCGCCCUACUCGUGGGUCCGGCGCAUCUCCAAGGCCGACGACUACGACAUCCAGACCAGGACGCUGUCCAAGUUCCUCAUGGAGCUCACGCUGCUCGACCACCGCUUCCUGCGCGCCCGCCCGAGCCUGAUUGCCGCCAUCGGCAUGUUCCUCGCCAAGAAGAUGCUCGCCGGCGAGUGGGACGACGCCUUUGUCUACCACAGCAACUUUACCGAGGAGCAGCUGGUCCCGGGCGCCAACCUGCUGCUCGAGCGUCUGCUCGACCCGUCGAUCGAGGAGCAGUUUGUGUACCGCAAGUACGCCAACAAGAAGAAGUUCCUCCGCGCCAGCGUGUACGCGAGGAAGUGGGCCAUCCGCAACCACAAUGCGCUGAUGGCGGCGGCUGCGGCGGCAUCGUCGACUUCGGCGGCCAACCCCUACGGCCAGCAGCCGCUCUAG